AAACUCCCUUCCCACCAUCAACAACCAAAAUCUCCCUCUAAGAGAAGAAACUUCAUUCAUUCAAUCUAGUUUCAAACACUUCAAUUUAGAGAGAUUAAUUAGUAGUAAUCAUAAUUAACCUUGCUAAUAUGAAUGCUUCUGAGGCGUUUAAGUCAAGGAGUAUGAAGAGUAUGUUAGGAGAUCAUCUCCUUAGAAAUGGGUUGUCAUCAAAAUUAAGUUAUGAUCAAACUAGAAAAACAUCUACCAUCAAACUAUUGCCUGCACCUUCUUCGUCUACGGCCCAAGUUGAUGGAUCUUCGUCGUUAAUCACUACCAAACAACGUAAAAUAGAAUCAGUUUUCACGACAAUGAACAAACUUGUGAAAGGAAAAUUAAGCUUAGUAGGAGGAGUUGAUAAAGCAUUUCGACGAAUAUUUAGUGUACGUGAAGGAGAAAAGUUGUCGAGGGCUUCUCGUUGCUGUUUGUACACCACGGCCGGUCCGAUUUCAGGCCGUCUCUUUAUUUCAACGGAAAAACUCGCCUUCUGUAGCGACAGGCCUAUCGCGAAAGUCUCCUCCCCCACCGGAGAACCUCUUAGGUUUCAUUACAAGAUUGUGAUACCACUAAGGAAGAUAGAAAGAUGGAACCAAAGCGAGAACAUGGAAAAGCCGUCACAGAAGUAUCUAGAAGUUGUGACUGCAGAUGAGUUUGAGUUUUGGUUCACAGGAUUUGUCAAUUAUAACAAAACUUUGAAAUGCUUACAACAAGCACUGUCCCAAAGCUUGAUUUGCGAUUGCUAGCAGAAAAUGGUGUUAAACUAGGAUUUGGAUGUAGCUACUAGCUAGGUGUAAUCUAUGGCUAGCUCUAUAUAUGUAAAUUCAACUUAAUUGAGUAAGAAUCUAUGGUGGAAAGAGGUUUUUCCCCUCUGAGUUUUUCA